AUGGACCGCUAUAUGUCCAAGCAAGGGAAGCACCACGAAAAAGGGUAUCUCUCCCUGUUUUGGGCUCUCAGAGAGAACCCAGUUGGCGGCUCGUUCUGGCCUGGCAGUGCCCCCGGAGGGGGCGCCAAAAGAGAAUCCCCACAAUCCUACGUGGAUCUUGUGCAGCAGAUCAUGGCCACCCACAAACCCACCGUCUCGGAUCUCCAUGCCCUUCUUGCAGCCUUGCUCAACUCUGAAUCUAACAGGCAAGUUCUUAAAGCAGCUAAAAAGUUAUGUAUUUGCAUCAUUGGACUUGUGGGGAAUGGAAUUGUCAUCUGCCUUCUUGGUUUCCACAUUAAAAGGAGCCCUUUCACUACGUACGUCCUGAACUUAGCGGUUGCUGACUUUGGGGUCCUUCUCUUGCCAUGUCUGGGUUGUAUUUUAGAACUAUUCAACCUAGACUUUCCCACUUGGUUUCCCACUUGGUUUAGUUUGUUUCUAAUAGUUAUACCAUUUGCACUCAUGUAUGAGGCGAGUCAACUUCUACUGACAGCCAUCGGCAUUGACAGGUGUCUGUCCGUCCUCUUCCCCAUCUGGCAUCGAUGCCAUCGGCCGCCACACCUGUCCACCAUUGUGUGUGCCCUCAUGUGGGUUCUUGUCUGCCUGCCCCUAGGAAUUCUAGCAAUUGUCAAUUUCAGGUACUUCAAAAAGAUAUUUCUUUUCUGUCCAUUUAUUGUGGGUACUUUUCUUUGCCUCCCUCUUGUCACUAUUUCCACUGCGAUUCUGUUGUUCAAAGUGUUCUGGAAAUCACAGCAGCCUCAGAAGGGAAAGCCUUUAACCCUCGUCUUACUUACUCUCCUUUUCUUCCUAAUCUUUGCUAUCCCCCUGAAUGCUAUGAUCAUAAACGAUAACUUUACUGAUUUUGAACAUUUCACUCUAAGAGUUUAUGGCGGAUUAUGCAUCUGUCUAAACAGCUGUGUCAACCCAGUGAUCUAUUACUUGGUUGGGAGAAAGAAGAGGGGUCAACAAUGGCAGAGCAUGAAGGGCAUACUCCAAAGGGCUUUCAAGGAAGAGGAAAGGCAGAGAGAGGAACAAGGGACCAUAGCUGAAACCAACGUUUAA